CUUUUCUCUAGCUUUGAUUUUGUUUUCUUCAUUGCAGGGGUGUGAAUACCUUUUCUCCAGAGGGGCGGUUGUUCCAGGUGGAAUAUGCCAUCGAGGCUAUCAAGCUUGGCUCCACAGCCAUUGGGAUUCAGACAUCUGAAGGCGUUUGCCUGGCAGUGGAGAAGAGAAUCACCUCCUCACUUAUGGAACCUGCCAGUAUUGAGAAAAUCGUAGAAAUAGAUUCUCAUAUAGGCUGUGCCAUGAGCGGAUUAAUAGCUGAUGCAAAGACUUUAAUUGAUAAAGCAAGAGUGGAGACGCAGAAUCACUGGUUUACGUACAAUGAAAUCAUGACUGUAGAGAGUGUGACACAGGCCGUAUCCAACCUAGCCCUGCAAUUUGGAGAGGAGGAUGCUGAUCCUGGUGCUAUGUCUCGUCCCUUUGGUGUAGCACUGCUUUUUGGAGGAGUCGAUGAAAAAGGACCUCAACUGUUUCACAUGGACCCUUCUGGGACAUUUGUGCAGUGCGAUGCCAAAGCAAUUGGGUCUGCCUCGGAAGGUGCGCAGAGCUCCUUGCAAGAGGUUUAUCACAAGUCAAUGACACUGAAAGAAGCAAUCAAGUCAUCCCUCAUCAUCUUAAAGCAAGUUAUGGAGGAGAAACUGAAUGCAACUAACAUUGAGCUUGCAACGGUGGAGCCUGGGAUGAAGUUUCACAUGUACACAAAAGAGGAGCUUGAGGAAGUCAUCAAGGAUAUCUGAAAAACAAGGAGCUUCAGAGAGACUCCCUCAAAUGCCUCAUUCCCUGGUCGACGAGAACUGGUUUCUUUCAGUUCCUUCGAGUGCCCAUGAUUUUAUUUCCAGCAGCUUAUGUGCUUGCUCUUUGUAGAAGGCUCUAAUGUUUUUUUACAGUUCCUGUACAUAAACAAUCUACAAUAAGAGGAAAUGAGAAUAAAUCCUUUUGUUACUCA